UGCAGGAAUUAAAAAAAGUGAGAGGGGUCAGAGUAAACUGGAAUCCUCAGGGGAGGUUUUACGGAGGGACUUAGGCUACAGUUUGAAGGAUGAGUAGAAGUGAGACCAGCAAAGAGCGGAAGAGAAGAGGCAGGACAUCAAGGGCUAAAGAACGAUAUGAGUGAUGGUGUGGAGGUGGGGUUCUCCUCACAGUACACAAAAAGCUAACAGAAACCUGCUGACUUUGUACAUCACAAAGGGUAGGAGGACCUUUUUUUUUAACCAAAAAGGAAGUUGGAUAAUGGAGAGUCCUGGCCUUGGUGUCAGAAAAUGUGGGUUCCAGAUUCAGUUUUGCUAUUAACUAGCAGUGUGAUUGGGGUCUGCUGGUUAUCCAAGUCUUGUUUCUCAAAAACGCUUUUAUUUACCUGGUUAUUGUGAGGACUAAACACGCUCUUGACUAGGUGCUCUGCAAACUGUCCUAUUUCCAAAGGUAGCUUCAUCAACUUUCAAGUCCCUGAUCUCUCUGGGUCCCCCAACUCUCUGACUCCUCUUUCUCAGUCUUUCCCCGUUCUCCUUCCUCUUAAAGUCUGCUAAAUUUGAUGAGGGAGAGCAUUCUCUGGGCUCUGACCUUGGCCCGUCUCUCACUCACUACCCUUCUGCCUUGGGACUCUCAGGAGCCCCACCCAAGACUGAUGGCUCCCAAAUCUACGCUCCAGCCCAGACCCUUUCUCCCAAUGCCAGACUCAUGCAUCCAACCAGUAACUGAUCAAUUCUUGGGUAGCCCGCAGGCCCCUCAAACCCAACAUACCCCAAACUGAAUUAUCUUUCCGCCCAAACUUUUUCCUCUUCCGUUUCAUGCCUGCUCUUAAAGAAUCCCACUGGCAAAUCAUCAUUCUUUCUUCCCCUACCCACCUGAGAGCCAAAAGGUCACCAAGUCCUUUUUCUUUAGCUUUUCUUCCCUCCAUCACCACUGCCCUCGCUUGAAUCUCAUCAAUUCUCACCUGAAUCACUGCAGUCACUUCUUAACUGAUCUAUCUCAUUCUAUCUCCACACUGCACAAAAUGAAACUUCUGAAGCACAGAUCUGAUGAUACUGCUGCUCUGCUCAAAAGCAUUCAGAGGCCCCCAAGUACUUCGGAAUGACAUCCAAACUCCUGGGUACCCUCUUCAGCAUCUGAAACCCUCCUGGAUCUGACUCUUGCCCACUUCUCCUGUCUCCUCUGUGCCCACUUCCUCCCUGUCGCCUCUGCUCUGGCUUGCAGUUCUUACACUGCUCCAUGUUCUUACAAAUCUCUGUGUGUCCUGCCAUAUUUAAAAUGGAUAACUUUCCAGCAGUGAAAAUCUCAUGAGAACAUGCUUCUCGCAAAGGGUCUUCUUCAUUCCUCUCCAGAAGAGGAGAAGAAGAAACACAAGAAGAAGAGCCUGGUGCAGAGCCCCAAUUUCUAUUUCAUGGAUGUAGAAUGCCUUGGAUGCUAUAAAAUCACCAUUGUCUUUAGCCAUGCACAAACAGUAGUAGUUUUGUGUAUUGGCUGCUCUACUGUCCUCUGCCAGGCUGCAGGAGGAAAAACAAGGCUUACAGAAGGAUGCUCCUUCAGACGGAAGCAGCACUAAAAGUACCCUGUAUCAAGAUGAAUGGGAAACCAUCCCGAUAAAGACGUGUUGGAUA